AUGCAAAACAACAACGACAACAACCGCAACGCAGAUUCCCCCGAAAACUCCCAGCCGCAGGACCGAUCCAGCAACAUGCCAGCAUCCACCCCCACCACCCCCACUCACUCCACCCACUCCACCCACUCCGCGCAGCUAGCCCACCUCAACGCCGUCCUAGCAUCCGUCCUCGCCCGCCGCGACGCCUACCGCGCCUACCUCCUGUCCUGGUACGACGACGCCUACACCGUCAUCAGCUCUUUCCAGCCGCAGGCCGCCGACGCCUACCACCACGCCACCAUAACCAUGGCGCUGCGCCGGCCCCUCCCCAACAACACCACCACCACCCCCCGCUUCCACGACGCCGCCGGCCGCCGCCUCGCCAUCUCCGGGACCCUCGGCCGCGACAACACCUGCCCCGCGCACGUCUGCGCUACCAUCUUGCCUGAGAUCGCGCGCUUCCGCGACGACGAGGAUUCCGAUGUGCGGAGUCGCGGGAAUUUGGUCGGGUGGGUUCUGGAGCAUUUGGCGGUGUUUGAUAUGGAUGACAGGCGCGAGUGGUGCGGUGGGACGAUCGGAGGGAAUCUGGAGCGCGUGUACGAGUGCGUGAGGGGCGGGGUGGUGCAGCGGCUGGACGACGUGCGCGUCGUUUGGCUUGCUGUUGAGUUGGUGGAGCAGCUGGAUGCGCUGGAAUGCAGGGCGGUGAGGUUCCUGGCGGAGACGCAGGUUAACGACAUGACGGCUGGCGUGCGGGAGGCGCUUAGGCUUUUGGGGGAGCUGCGUGACGCGGUCAAGAUGUUGCCGGGCGCAGCGAGGGGGGUGGGCAGCGAGGGAAGCAUCGUCUUGCCUGGGGAUUGGAUCGACCCGGUCGACCCCGCGGCGAUGAUGAUUUGGAGGGCGGCGGUUAGAGGGGCGAGGGGUCGGUCGGCGUGGAUUGAUCAGGCCAACGCGAGGCGAACGAGGAGGGAACUCUGGCUGGAGGUCGCCCAGCUCGCGAAUGAGCGCCUUAGGAACGGCAUCAUUCGCUCGCUGGCAAUCACCGUUUCAGACGGCUUCUUAAAGCGCGCGCGGAGGAUGCGAAGGGCAUUCGACGCCAACAACAUUUGCGGGCCGGUCUUUGACGCCUUGAACAACGCAAUCAAGGAGCACGCCUUCAUGCACGAUCAGAGGGAGCUCUUCGACAGCAUCUGCGAGGUGCACAUGGCUCGGGAUCUUGGAAGGGAUGGCAGCAACGAUCUGCACGAAAUCUUCACCAGGAGCAUGCAAGGCAUUGAGGCUCAGAUGGGUGACUUCGAGGCCUACGUGGAGGGUCUGUCCUUCAUGCAACGCCGCGCCGUCCGCACCGCAGCCGAACGCCACGACUUCGAGUCUGUCGUCGAGCUCCUGGGACGUUACCGACCCGACAGCAACUUCAGCCACGAAUCCACUCGCAGGCAGAUGCUCCACCACCUCGGCGUCUUCUUCCUCUGGUCCAAGGCUGCCACCAUCCGGCAACACUUCAGCCAGGAUAACGACUUCCGCAUCUCGGCAAGCCUCCAUGAGUACGAGGACGUCCACCUCGUCCGCCUCUUCUGCUACGGCGCCCACUACUUCCGCGCCAGCCAGAAGGACAGGCACGACAUGGGAUGUCUCAUCACCGGGCUGUCCUGGCUGUGCGGCCUGAUCCAGGCCUGGAUGUCAAACGUGCAGGAGCUGAAGAAGUUCAGCAUGGCGGCUGGCGCGAAGGUCAGGGAGCAGAGCCGACUGGUCGGCGAAGCGGCCAGCCAGGAGGCAUUCGACAUUAUUCAGGGAGAGCUGCACGAGGCGAAGGCGAGGCUCAAGCGCCAGUGGAGAGUCGUCAACAACCUGAUGGACGCCACUGACGUGUUCGUUGGUACCCCGCCGUCCGUCGAUGACGCCUUGCACGAGCCAACCUUCGACAAAUACGCAAGGAAUGAGGACGAUUACAGUGUCGCGGCUCGGUAUGCGGAGUUGCGGAGGUUUGUCUUGAUGCCUAGGAAUCGUGGUGUGCUGCAGGGCGGUACACUAGAGAUUGUGACGGGGAAUGUGGAGCGCUGGGCGUGA